CGGCAGGUUUUCCCUCUUUCUCUGUGUUUUUAGGGUCAGUUGUUGAAACCGUUGUGAUCUAACUACACGAAGAGGUUGCCUGCAGACAAGACCACUGGCAGGUUAAAUCAGGCCUCAGAAAAGUGCUCCUGUCUGUUUAAAUUCUGCUGAAGGUAGUCCAAGAAGCAGACAUGAAGAUAACUCAAGUGUUAGCAGUGCUAUCUGCAGUUCUAUUGGCCCACUGUACACAGUUUGAGGACAUGGACAAGAAAAUAUUUCAGGGUGAGGAUGGACAGUCAGUCGUUGUCCUGGACAAUGUCUUGUCAAAAGCCGCUGUGGAUGCGUUGUACCAGUACACUUACUCAAUGUUUGCCCAGUGGGAGUACACACACGUCACCUCAUCACCGGAGAUGUUUGAGAAACCUCCUUUCAUAUCCCCGCUGUCGGGAGAGAUGAUCAUGAAGACGUCGUUAUGGGAGGCAGUCGAAGAUACCUUGGAAAAGUUGGCGGGGAAACAGGAGUACUAUCCGUACGACAUCCACGCGACAAUUCUGCGUAGAUAUGACAGGCUACAGCCAAAGGUUCACUGUGAGGAAGGGGAGUUCAUGGCAAAAAUGUACCUCAGUCACUACGUUGGUAAAAACGACUACGGUCACCUGACGCUGUACAAUGGCAAACACGAAAAUCUUACGGAAACCUUGACAGCUGUACACCCAAAACAUGGUCGUUUGGUAAUUUGGCCAUGUGCCGUGCCAGCAAUUGAACAUCCUCCCUCCAUGGGAUACAAGCAGAUGAUACAUGCGCUAACUCUGAAGAUAACUACAAGCAAAGAAAAGUUUGGGGAGUACGAGAAAAAGGUGCAAGGGUUCAAGUUGCUGAGUGGUGAAAAUGAGAAAGCUCCCUUUGCUUUGAGUCAAGGAGUAAAAUUACAGAAGGAAGUCACAGACUUGGACUUGGACAAGUUGCAGACGCAAAGGUUCUAUGACAGUAGAGGGCGUGUGAUCGCGGUCUAUGAUGGUGUGUUUGGAGAUGAAGACCUGGAGUCCCUCCACUCCUACCUGAACAGCAUGUUCCAGAACCUGAUAUUCAGCCCACAUGACACUGAGCUGUUAGAAGACAACGACAACGUCCAGUGGAUCACAAACUUUAAUGUUGAGAGUUUUGUGAAGAGUAGGGUGUGGAAUGUUGUCAGCCACGUUGCAGACCACGUUAGCAACGCGACAAACUGGUAUCCGUACGACGUGGCGAUGAAUGUGAUUCGCAGCGCAGACUACACCAGGAUCCACGAGGACUGUGAGGUUCAUGAGUUUGAGUACACCUUCCUGCUGUAUCUCAACAAGGACUGGGAGUCCAACAAGUACGGAGAGACGGUGUUUGUAGAGCAGGUUAGCGAUGACAUGUGGCACGGCAAGCUUGGACCGGGGAGCGAGCAAUAUGAGAUGGUGGCUGCAGUACGACCGCGCUACGGCAGGAUUGUCAUUUUUAGGAACAUCAUUCCGCACUCCGCGCGGCCUCCGGUCGGCACGUUUGACGGAGCCCGCUACACUUUCGCGGUGAAAGUCUCCCAGACGCGUACGAGAGCAAUGGCCAAGACCCUGCGGGAAAGCCUGGAGUUCGGUGGAGAGGGGCAGGAGGAACUUGUGGAACAACUCCUGAGGGGAGAAUUUGAUCACCCAAGACAAGAUGUACCAGCUGACUUCUUGGACAACAAGCUACAGGAGACACAGGAACAUAAGAAGAACUUCAUACAGGAAAUCCGAGAAAAGGCAGAGGACAUGCUGAUGGCUAAAGCUUAGCUGCUAGAUAUAGAAUACAACACGGUGUAUUCUGUAUCACCCGUGGUACCAGGCUAAUGGCGUAGGAUUGCCCAAAGGCCGGAGGGCUAGGACCACAGGUGAUUCGAAAUACAUCUUGUAUUUUCAUCUAUGUCAAACCCACCUGAGAGAACACAAUUAUCAUGUUUUGAUGCAGAAUGCACCAGAAGUUUCGUGCCCUGGAACAAAAAUUGUUCAACAGCAAUUCCAACGUUCGAAUCAAGUAUC